CGACACCAGCAGAUGAGCGUAUGUGUGCAUAGAUAGACAAAGAAGCAGGAAGAGUGCGGAGCGAGUUGGUGCGCGCAGUCAACACACACGGGACAAGUGGCACCGGAGCGAACGAGACAGAGCGAGAGUGAGAAAGACAGCAGGAAGUGCAAGCAGGAAGGCGAUAGGCCCAUCCGAGAGCAGCAACGGGUCUCCCCAUGCGUGUAUGUGCGCCGCGAGUGCGAAAGUGGUUGUGGCCCCGUGAGUGAGGUGUGUGUGCGGGAUUGUGUGGUGUGUACAGCGCGUGAUAAUAGGAGGCCUCCUUCGUCGUUGCCCUCCAAAAACACUGCCGCCUUGUGUGUUCCUUGUUCCGAAUGGCCGACAAUGGUGCCGCUGCUGCAAAUGUAAAGCACGGUGACGACGGUGGUCGGCAGCUCGAAAGUUCACUGAAAACGCUCAGAAAAAUGUUCAACCCAAACAACGGCGCCCAGGGUGGCACGGCGGCCGGAGGCAGCAGUGGCCUCGGCGGCGGAGGCGGUGGCGGUAGCGGCAGUGGCACAGCUGGCUCGGCCGCGGCCACUGCGGCAGCACCAGUCGAUCGUCUGAAGAUGCUCUAUCCGAACGUCAACGAGGCCGUCGAUCCGCUGCCCCGCUCCUGGAGCUCGCAGGACAAGUGCAGCACCAUCGGACUGACGCAAAACAAUUUACGUGUUCACUACAAAGGAAUUGGCAAAUCACACACGGAUGCGGCCUCGGUGCGCACCGCGUACCCGAUACCGGCGGCCUGCGGGUUGUACUACUUCGAGGUGAAGAUCAUCUCGAAGGGCCGCGACGGCUACAUGGGCAUCGGGCUGACACACACCAACUUCAAGAUGAACCGGCUGCCGGGUUGGGACAAGCAGUCGUACGGUUACCACGGUGACGACGGUAACUCGUUCUGCUCGUCCGGUAACGGCCAACCGUACGGACCGACCUUUACCACCGGCGAUAUCAUAGGCUGUGGCGUCAAUCUGGUCGACAACACGUGCUUCUACACCAAGAAUGGCCACCAUCUGGGCAUUGCUUUCAGAGACCUACCGCCCCGGUUAUAUCCGACCGUGGGGUUGCAGACACCGGGCGAGGUGGUCGACGCCAACUUUGGGCAGGAACCGUUCAAGUUCGACAUCGAAGACAUGCUGAAGGAGCUGCGCUCCGGGACGAAGGCAACGAUCUACAACUUCCCCCUACCGGACGAUCAGGGCGAUUGGACGGUGAUCUUGCACAAAAUGGUUUCCUCCUACCUCGUGCACCACGGGUACAGCUCGACGGCGGAAACCUUUGCCCGGACCACGGGCCAGGUGAUGCAGGAGGACAUGACAUCGAUCAAAAAUCGACAAAAAAUAAUAAAACUAGUGCUUUCCGGGCGAAUGGGCCAAGCGAUCGAACAAACCAUUCGCCUCUACCCGGGACUGCUAGAGUCGAACCAAAAUCUGCUCUUCAUGCUAAAGUGUCGACAGUUUAUCGAGAUGGUAAACGGAUCCGACUUUGAGCUCGGUACACCAUCGUCCCGCACGAGCCCGGUUCAAACGUCGGUGAUACAAUCAACAAAAAGCUAUCAGAACGGUAACACCAUUAUUCCGGAUGGCAACGACAAUCAUGGAUACUUAAAGAAUAACGUCAUCAGUAACAAUAAUGCCAGCAAUAAUAAUGGCACGUGCAUCGAAGACGACUACUCGAACGACGUGGAGAUGGAGAACGGCCACAGCAAUAAUAAUAGCGCCACGAAUGGGUACAAAAAUGGUACCGCAGGGCGAACCAGCGCACCGCCGCCCGGGUCGGCCGACGCCGAGGACGACGUGGUGGACGAAACGAACGAUGUGGACAGGGACGAAGAUAUGGACGUAGACUCCUCAUUAUCGCCAAAUUGUAAAACGACGGCCAGUGCAGCGGCAGCAAAGUCGGGCGUCGAGCGGAUGCUAGAGUUCGGCCGGGAGCUGUUCCAAAUGAGCCAACGCCUGGAGAAGGAGCAUGGUGUCAAUGAAACUAAUCAAAAAAUGUUGGAGGAUGCAUUUAGUUUAUUAGCCUAUUCGAAUCCGUGGGCGAGCCCUCUCGGAUGGCAGCUGAGCCCGUCGCGUCGCGAAGCUGUGUGUGCCGCUCUAAACUCUGCCAUAUUAGAAUCAAUGAAUUACUCCUGGCGGCCGCCACUGGAGGUGUGCAUAGCGCACUCCAGCGAGCUGCUGCGUCUCAUGUCCAGCUCAUCGCUCGGUGCGUGCGCCUUCGUUAACGUCGACGAUAUACUUGCUCAGCAUCAGCAGCAUUGACUACGCCUGCAGCCUACAGCGCCUUACAACACCAGCAGCCAGCUACUGGAACGUCCCGUGGACCGGCAUCGCCGCGCAUAAUAUCUUCUAUUCGAAUAUCUGGCAGACUUUUUUUUCUCUCGCGAUCAUCGGCAGGGCGAGACCAUCGUGGAGUAGUGCGUGCUCCUUCUGGGUUACGAGACACCUAUGGAAUAUAGGGACAUUGUUGCGUUUUGUGAAACCUACCUGUAAACCUGUUCAGUGGCACAUUGCCAUCCGCGCCAUGUUCACGAUCGUUUAAUGCUGCGCAACACUAUUUUUGAAUCAAUAUAAUUUUCUAUCGGGUAUUCGGGCAUCGUAUUCCGCUCCAAAAAACACACACAUCACACUACAACCCCCAGCAUAUAACAGAGCCUUUACAUGGCGAGGGAAGCGGCAACGUGGGCAGCUCCUACUCACGAUCGUUCCCCUCCCGCGAUGCUGCUGCAACGGGACGCGGAACGGUCGAAUUUGUAAAUGUGUUCAUAUAUUUUUCUUUUUGAUUAACCUUCAAAUCGUGGGACCGUUCGCGCCACCGUUCGUUUGGCCGUGUUCGCUUCUUGUUGCUACUCGAUCAGUAGUUCGUCUCACUUGCUGCAAAGUCACUUGUUACGUUACCUUUUACAAUCCCGCGGCGGAUGAUGCUUGUUCCCCUAGCGACCCGGCAAUAAAAUGGGGCGCCCAACGGGGAGUGCGCGAGGAGGUGCUCGGUGUGGGUAUGGAAUGAACGAAACAGAAAAGGGCCGGUAAACUGAGUGAGGAUUCCCGUGAUGAGUGAUAAUAACGAAGCAUAAACACACGACUGUGGAAAGCUGGUGGAACCCGGAAUGUAAUAUAAGAGCAAACAAAUACUAAUAUCUAAUUAAAAACUUAGCAACUAAACUGACCACACAAACCCGGGCAAGAAAAGAAGGAGAGGCGGGACUGUGUUGUGUUGUGCGUGAUCGACCAGAGAUAUCGACGACGGGCAGACGAGGGAGAGUCUCCGGUGGGAAAACGUAGAACGGAAGCAAAUCUCAUGUAAAUUGAAGCGAAGCAACGCGAAUAGCGAAGAAAGUGGGCGCGUGCGAUGGAACGGAUUACAGACAUAAGUGACUAUUAAAGGUACAUUAGGAAGAGUAGCAGACCGAAGAGUGGAACUUGCUUCAAGGGCGCGCGCCGAUCGAGCACAGCGGUGAUGAUGAUGAUUCGGUUAGAGGCGACUCGUAGGGCGUUCAUGUAGCGAAAUAACUUCCAGAUGUUGCUUGCCGUAUUUUUCAAGCUCCUUGUUUUAACUGCAAGUUGCCAGAGUUAUACUUUGACGUGUUGAAGGCGCAUUGGCCCACGCAACAAUUUCAAACCCCCACGACGAUAGGGCAUUGGAUUUCCGAUGCGCUAGAUUGAGACUAGAUGUUUUGCAAUUUCCAGCACGACUAAAGAUCUCAUCUCUUCGUAGUUUAAACCCUGCUGGCUUCUUAGGACGAGUCGUGCGGCGUGCGCGGAACAAAACAUAAAUCGGAUUUCAACGACACCAAUAGCGUACUCUCUUGAUGCCUGGUGCAUCGAACCGACGGGAAAAGGGUUCGCGAUCGCUUCCAAGACCGAGCUAUUCUUGGCGUAGUUAGUAGAGCCCCCUAUGCCCCUCUUCCGCCUGUGAUCGCGGAUGCUCACCAGGUAUGACGGUAGGGCAUGUCAAACCGAGGACCACAGGCCGGGAAUUAGAUGCAAUCCUGUGUUUCGGUAUUCUUUGUUCACCCAAUGUUACCCAAAUUUAGCUCUCAAAAGGGAGGGUCCCCAAGGGGGGCACUCCAUAAGCAAUAGACACGGAACACGCGAAACUUUGCAACCCGCUUUAGUUCAGGACUCAUCCAGCGGCCCCCCCACAAACCUUGGCAUGUGCAAUUAUAUUCUGCAGUGCGGCGAAAGGAUGAUAGGAGAAGCGUUUUCUAUUUGUUCGGCACACAACACUCCCUUUGCCGGCUGGCCAACCGGAGGACGCGUUGUUAAGGACUAGCAAGAGAGAAUCGUCACUAGCGUAGAUCACUUUGUGCAUAUACCGAUUACUCGCUGAUCUUCGGUCGGGGGCGAUAUUGAUUGUUGAUGAUGAUGAUAACGAAAAAGCCGAAGGAAAUGGAGGGGCGUUCGCCGGUCGCGAACCGAACCGAUCGUUGUACUAAAACGCGAAACAAAACUGGUUAUAAGAAGAAGGCUUAGUUUGGUAAGGUGUGUUUAGAGGUACAAGGUUUAGAAUGUGCGUUAAGAAACACGGGGGAUCAUCAUCGCUUCGUACAGAACAGACAAUGAUGAGCGUUCAUUACCACCCACCCGCAACCCUACCCGAUUGCGGCCCCCGGUCCCUGUGGCCCCUUCUCGGUCUCUGUGCCCUGUUCGCUGCGAUCGUUACAUGCUUAACCCCUCUGAUCAUAUCUGAUUCUACUGAUUCCUUCAGAACAACACCACCUCCAUUCGCUCUGCCCACUAACUGCUCGUUCCGGGCGAAAACAAUGUGUCCACAAGCGAUGGGACGCGUGACCAGGGGAUGAGGCGUCGUGAGUGUGUAAGGAAUAGGUUGUAAGAUUUAAGAUACGGAUAUACACCGGAGAUCCGGGGGGCCCCGACGGAUGAGAGAGCAGUAGGAGGGACGGGGCUUUGCGGAUAAUAACGGAAGCGUGGCCGCAGAGAGCACCGGAGACGGCGAGGGCGAAGGCUACAGUUAGGUUACAUUUUUUUGUGAAAUCACUGUGAAUAAUCAAGGAGCAGCAGCGCGCGCGCAUACCGGGCAGCGGCGGCGGCGGCCGAGUGGUGACAUCGCGAGCUCGCGGCCGAGGAAAACAUAAU